UUAGUGGGUAAGACAGACAGUUGUGGACCGUGUGAUCUCACUGAAUCUCUUUAAUAAAUGACAUCAAAUCGCAGAUUGCGGAUGCGCCUUGGGCCUACUCAGUCAACUGUUUGUCGGAAAUGUCUCUGGGGAUAGACAUUUGUCCUGCCGCUGUCGGAUGCUGAGACUUUGGAUGCUUGAUGUCCAUUAUGAAACGCAGUGGUGCACUGGCUGCUGCUGAACGCGAGGCGCAGUGCAAUAGGAUCAAAUGAAUGACAGCAGCGCGGUGUAGCUGCGAAACGGCGCUGCGCUGAGAGGACGUGUUCAAGGUGGUCCUGCAUCUCUCUGCCGUGGCCCCCCGCUGCCUGUCUUCUCUUGGACUGUGGAUAACAAGAAGCCUUCAAGACGGAGGGGGUGGUGGAGCAUCGAGGGAAAAACAGGGGCAAUAUGAGAGAGAGGGACUUCAUGCCCAACAUGGAGAGGGGCAAACCUGCCACUUACACGGGGGACAAAAAGGCUAAGAUGGCAGCUAAGACGAACAAGAAGUGGGUCAGAUUAGCCACCGUUUUUGCCUAUGUGCUGUCGGUGUCCUUAGCAGCCAUUAUCCUGGCCAUUUACUACAGCCUGAUCUGGAAACCGACCAGCGCAUCUUCUUCUGGGGGUAAGCAAGUGCCAGAGGAGGUCACCGCUAGCCCCAACAUCACCACGAACCUGUCCACGAGCAGCAACGGAUCCGAGUGGAACUCUACACAGUCGAGACUGUCCCUGAACCCAAGCAGACAGGACCCUGUGACGCGCGCGUUUCACUUGGAUGAUAGAGCCGAGACAGCGGCGCAAACUGCGCACCCCCAGCAGGAGGAAGAACUGUUCGCGUCCUCCCAGGGUCACACAACCGCGGAAAAUUUAUACCCAAGCGGUACACAACCAGGACUAAAAACUUAUCCUGACAGAGAGGGGACGUGGACAACGGGUGAGGCAGAAGAGGACAAUUCUGAGCACACAAAUACAGAUUUUACUUCUGCUCCCCCAACAUCAGCAUCGAGAGGAGGCUGAGCAGGCCUCCUGCCCAGCACAUCCUCCGCACUCCGGACAUGGAGCGUUUAGAGCGCCGCGGGUCGGAUCACAGCUCUUCCUCUGGAGCUCCUUGUGGAUGCUGGACUACACUCACUGUUACUGAGACAAGAGGAGACCUUCUAUGAACACUGUUCCCUGUCGACACUAUGCGUUUUGUUUCCAGGCCAUCUGUAUGCCUUAAAAUGUUGGCUUUACCUCGGACACCUGAGGCCACUGUCCCAUACCCUGCCUGUACACGGACAUGUCAUACCCUUAUCCCACCUCCAUGCAUUUGGCUUAGGCUACCCUAAUACUGCAUUGUUACAUUUAACAUAGGCUGUGUUACCGUUUGGAUCUGACCUGGAUUCCCAAUAGAAGACCCUGCAUUAUAAGUUAUGCUCAGGUAUGUGCAUAUAACCAUGUAAAUGUAUUGUGUAUUAAACAUGUACAGGGCUGGUGUACAAAAUAUUGGCCUUGAUGGACUUCUAGUGUAAUUAGCAGGUUUUUAUUAAUGUACAGUAGGUACAAUAUAUGACAUGAUACAAAUAAACAUCUUAGGAUUUUUUCAUUUUUAUGGUUUUAUAACACUUAUCUGUAAACCAUGCCCUACUGGAGACAUUAUCAUGUAUGUUGACAAUAUUAUAUUUAUUUAGAGCCAG